AUGCAAAUGCGGAGAAAUUGGCAGGCAGGGAGUGCUGGGGGCAAAGCCAAGAAAUCAUAUCCGCCCAGGGCUGCGUGCUGGGGGCCAAGUGACAAACUGUCCCGGAGGGUCAGGCAGCCCCAGCCGCUCCGCACUGCUCCAGGAGACUGGCAGUCCCUUGGCAGCACUCUGCAUCCCGCAUCCCGCAUCCCGCACCCUGCACCCCGCAUCCCACACCCGGCACCCCGCAUCCCUCAUCCCGCAUCCCACACCCCUCACCCCUCACCCCUGCAUCCCGCACCCCGAUCCCGCACCCCGCACCCCUCAUCCCGCACCCCGCGUCCCUCAUCCCGCAUCCCACACCCCGCACCCCUGCAUCCCGCACCCCUCAUCCCGCACCCCGCAUCCUGCACCCCGCACCCCGAUCCCGCACCCCGCAUCCCGCACCCCUCAUCCCGCACCCCGCAUCCCGCACCCCGCACCCUGCACUCUGCACCCCGCAUCCCGCACCCCGCAUCCCGCACCCCUCAUCCCGCACCCCGCACCCUGCACUCUGCACCCCGCAUCCCGCACCCCGCACCCUGCACUCCGCACCCCGCACCCCGCUCCUCGGGCCGGGCCGCGCACGGGCAGCGCCGAGGGCCGGGGAUGGAGCGGGACUCAAAGGUCACCCCGGAGCUUCCUGCGCACGUCGCAGAAACACGGCUGGCAAAGGGGGCACACACGGCAGCAGACCUUGAACCCUUGUGCAAAUUUACCCGGGGAUAUGGAAAAACAAACACGGAGGAGCCUGGAGAGAGCGGUGGUGGCGGCUAA